AUGGCCGCGAGUGAUUGUCCCCCGUCUUUCCCCCCCGCGUGCCGUCUGGGUGCCGCGGCACUUGGCUUGCCCGGUUCUCCUUCCUCGGGUCUCCCGGACACCCUCUUUGAUUCUCCAUUUCAGGAUGUGUGCAGUCUGCUGAAACACGCCAGCUCUCUUGUGCCGCUGGGUCAAGAACAUUUAGUCAUCAAACUCUGCCAGCUAGUGCACCAUCUACUCAAUCAGCUGAAGGUAAUAAUGGACGAGCACACAUUGGACGUUUUGGUGAACUAUACCGCCAGUGCGUUGAAAGUGUGCAGCACGUGGACGCACUCAGAUGUCCUCCUGGCACUCUCCACCAUCGUGUAUGGGAAUGGACCGCAGUGCCACCAGCACCUCAGUGACUUGCUGGGUGAAGACGGGGUCCUCCUUCUGUAUAGUUCUCCUUCUCAGCCAAAUAUGGAGUUACGCCGUGUGGCUCUUACAUGUAUGGCCAACAUCUGUCUCAGAAUCCCAGGUCAGCCCCCUUUGGAUGAUCAAUACAGAAGUGUAUCUUUCAGCGUCUUCCUGAAAACACUGCAGUCCUCCAGGCCUCCCAACACUGAUGAGCUCUUCUACUGCAUGGUGAUCCAAGCAGCACUGAAGGGGCUUCAGUGUUGUCUUUCAGGCGGGAAGUGGAAAUUUGGUGGAGGGGAGGAGCUUGGGUCUAUACUGGCCUCACUUAAGAGGCUCAUGUUCCAGGGAUCUCCAGGUGUGAGUGUUGAGUGGCCAGCUGUGCUUUACCCAGCACCUCUUCCUCAGUAUGAGGGUCUCCCCACAUCAAAACCUGCUGAACCACCGAAACCCUCUGAACAAUCAAAGGAUACCGUGCCGGGAAAAACUUCAGGGAAUAAAAAGAGGAAAUCCAAAGGGAAGGGGAAAAAGACGAGCACUGAGGAGAGCAGAGGGGAGGAUGGAGAGGAAGAUGACAGAGAUGCAGUGCCUGUACUUCAGAAAGGAGGCAGAAGUGAAGGAGAGUCCUUGUCUAAACCCUCUGCCUCAUCUCUCUACCCUUCUUGGAAAAAAAGCAGCUCUGACUCAGAGUUUUCUGACCCAGAGGGCAAUGCACAGAGCAAAUUAAGGCUUUACCACGGUCGUGUGCGUCAGGGAGCAUUGCUCUGUCUGCUAGCGGUGGUGAAAGGUGUAGAGAAGAGGACUCUGUAUGGAUACUGGUCCUCCUUCAUCCCUGACUCUCCUACUGGGGGGCCGCCAUCUCUCACUCUCCUCACAAUUAUACUGAAGGACCCCUCUCCAAAGGUGCGUGCGUGCACCCUUCAGGUGUUGUCGGCCAUUCUGGAUGGCUCCCGUCAGUUCCUGGCCGUGGCUGAAGAUACGGCGUCUCCUCGUACGUCUUACACCCCUUUCUCCUUCUCUCUGGCCACUGCCGUCAGAGAACUGCACCGUGCUCUCAGUCUGGCUCUGCUAGCUGAGACCUCCCCUCAGACACUCACACAGGUCAUAAAGUGUCUGGCCUACUUGGUGGCGAACGCUCCCUACCAUCGUCUCAGACCCGGUCUGCUCAGCCCGCUCUGGAAGCAGAUGCGUCCCUAUGUGCGCCACAGAGAUGUGAAUGUUCGUGUGUCAGUCCUGACACUUUAUGGGGCUCUAGUGACAACUCAGGCCCCUCUCCCUGAGGUGCAGCUCCUCCUCCGACAGCCGGAGGGCAGCAGCAGCAGCGCUGGCUCAUUCACGCCGCAGGACUCCGCUCUCAGCUGGAGACAAAGAGACGGAGUGUCCUCGCCCUCUCGCACGCCAGUCACGCCCACCAAGCGGAACUCGCGCACACACUCGCCCCGCGUUCCUCGCACACCGGUGGAGGAGGAUAGUUCCCCGCCGUGGCUGCUGCAGCUGUGUGUGUCACUGGUGACUCAGCCCAGAGAGGACCAAUCAGACAGUGAGGGGGGGGCAGGAGGCGGAGCUGCUUUAGAGCCCUCUCCUGUACGACUAGAAGCUCUACAGGUCAUGUCUCACCUGGUCCGUGGCUACUUCUCUCUAGUCCAAUCAUCUCUGUGUGAGAUUGGGCAGGUGAGCGCUCGCUGCCUUAGGGAGGCAGACCCCUCCAUUCAACUGCACGGAGCAAAGUUACUAGAGGAGUUGGGGACGGGAAUAAUCCAGCAGUACAGAGCAGAGAACAACGUACCCGAGAGCGUGAGGGUCCCCAUGAGCCAAGUGGUGCAGUUUUGGUCAGAAGUUUUGAGUGGUCCGCUGAACGGAGCGCUGCAGAACGAGCAACAUCCCACGCUGCAGACGAGCGCCUGCGACACGCUCUCCUCCAUCCUCCCGCAGGCCUUCGCACAGCUGCCUGACAAGACCCAGCUGAUGUGCAUCACCGUGCUGCUGGGGCUGACCUACAGUGAAAACUAUCUGGUGAAGACGGCAGCUGUCCGGGCUUUGGGAGUCUACAUACUGUUCCCCUGUCUGAGAGAGGAUGUGAUGUUCGUGGCGGAUACGGCAAACACCAUCCUCGCUGCCCACGAUGAUCGAUCUCCAAAUGUCCGUGCCAAGGCUGCCUGGUCCCUGGGCAACCUCACAGACACACUUAUUGUUAAUAUGGAGAGUGUUGGUGUUGACUUCCAAGAAGAGUUAUCAGACAUGCUGCUGCUCAAGAUGUUGCAGGCUGCCACCCGAGCGUCGGCAGACAAAGACCGGGUGAAGUCUAACGCAGUGCGAGCACUUGGGAAUCUGCUUCAUUUCCUGCGUGAGACUCAGCUGACCCGGUCUGCCUUCCAACGCCCGCUGGAAGACGCAGUCCGUGCUCUGGUUAAAACUGUCCAAUCAGAGGCCACCAUGAAGGUCCGAUGGAAUGCCUGUUACGCGUUGGGAAAUGCUUUCAGAAACCCCGCCCUGCCGCUCGACUCAGCCCCGUGGUCCCAGGACGCGUUCUCCGCCCUCUGCCACGUCGUCACUUCUUGUAAGAACUUCAAGGUGCGGAUCAAGUCUGCCGCUGCCCUGGCAGUUCCCGGCCAACGCAGCUGCUAUGGCGACACGAAGCGGUUCAGCUGCGUGUGGCAUUCCCUGGCCACGGCACUGGAGAACAGCGAAGACACGAACGACUUCUUAGAGUACCGCUACAGUGCCAGCCUGCGACACACGCUCUCUCAAGCCCUCCUACACCUGCUCAGCGUCAGCCAGUCGCAGGACAUGCCCGCCCUCGGGGCAUCGCUGGCUGGGGAGGAGGGGAGGGGCAUCAGAGAGCAUUUAAUCAAAUAUGUCAGAGCAGAGGAGGGGGGAGCAGACAAGGAGCAGGGAGAGAAAGACGCAGCGGGGGACAGUUUCACCCCUCAGCAGAGAAUUGGAGGUCUGCAGCAGACCCUGCUCAGACUGAAGGGGCUGAAGACUGAGGGGGAGGGAGGGGGAGAAGAGGACAGAGGCAAGGAGGCGGUGGUUAGUUUCCUGGAGGAUUUGCUGAAGACCUGUGAGUCUAUUGACUGAUUUCUCAGAGGUGGACAGAUCCAACCACCAACUAACUGGUGACUGAAGGCAAAGGUUAUGUAACCAGCUUUGUCAUAAUGAGCGUCUUGCUUUUUUUUUUUUUUUUUUCUGUACAUUUCAAGACAAGUUGAAAUUCAGUGCCUUUAUGUCUUCUUUUUAUCUGUCUAAUUGCACUUGCACUCUUUUAUGAGAUCUUUUAUGAUCGGAUAUUCCUACAAAUGUAGUGAAAUUACAUUUUGAGAACAAAUAUAAAGACUGAGAUUAGAGUUGGGUGAUAAUGUAUCGCCUAUUGACUUUCAGUGGGAUCGUAUAUUUGAUGACGUGAACAAGGUCUUAUUGUUUAACAGAAUUUUGUUGUCAAAGUUAAUUAACGAGAGAAACAUUAUUUAUUGUUUUACAUGUUUGGAGGUUUUUUUUUUUUUUUUUUACACAUGAAUUUGAUUGUUUUAUUUGUAAUUUACAUCAU